AUGCCUUCCCGCGACAAGUACACCGAUCCCGAACUCCGCGAUCAAGUCAAGGAGGAAAUUCACAAUAGCGACAAGGGCGGCGAACCAGGUCAAUGGUCUGCUCGAAAGGCCCAAAUGAUGGCCGCCGAAUACAAAAAGCGCGGCGGCGGCUACACGACCGACAAAGAAACGGGCCAGGAUUCGUCCCAGAAGAACCUCGACAAAUGGGGCGAAGAGGAGUGGCAGACUAAAGAAGGCCCCGGACAGGCGAAGCAGGAGGAUGAGGAAGAGGCGGGGACGACGCGGAAACGGUAUCUGCCGAAGAAGGCGUGGGAGCAGAUGAGUGAGAAGGAGAAGGAGGAGACGGAUGAGAAGAAGGUGGAGGGUUCGAGACAGGGGAAGCAGUUUGUGGGGAAUACGGAGGAGGCGAAGGGGGCGAGGAAGGGUGUGAGUGAUGGUCAGCGGGGGAAGGGUGGUGAUGAGAAAGAUGGGAAGGAUGAUGGUGAGGGUGAUGAGGAGGAAGAAGUGGAGCAAGGUGAAGGUGAAGACGAGGAUGAGAAUGAGCAAGCCAAGACCCAAGACAAAGGUCAAGGUAAAAACAAGGGAGGCAAACAACAACAACAAAAGCAGGAAGAGAAGAAGAAGAACGACGACAGCAACAAAACUACGCCGCCCAAGACAAGGAGUGCCAGCAAGGCCGAGGCCAAGGAUGAGAACGAGGAUGAGAACGACGGAGAAGAGUCCAAGGGAGAGGAAAAAGCCGAGGCGGGGACCAAGCGAACUGCUGAACAGUCCACUGGAUCAAACAAGAGACAGAAAGAGAAUGGACAGUCGGACAAGUCCAAGAAACCUGCGGCGAAGGAUGACAACGAAAACAACAAGAAGGAAGACAAACAGCAGAAGGGCGGAGAUGAUCAAGCCCAGGCUGAAGAUGGUAAUGAGGAAGAGUACGUGCCUGAAGGUGAAGCUGAUGGGGAUGAGGAUAUGGAAGAUGAUGAGGCGGAGGAGUGA